ACUUUUCGCUUAACGAGGGCAAGGAAAUGCGGUAUCGCAAAUACAGAAAAUAUAGUUGGAACUCUGACGAUCAAAUCGUUCGAUUAGCUAGAAUGGAAGUUCAAACGGUGAACAAUCACCUAAAUAACUCCCUCAUAUCACCGCCAGCUUUAUCGCAAUCGCAGCAAACUCAAUUGAAUAGCAGCAUCAUUACGCUAAGCCGCAGCAAUAGUCCGGCCAGUUCGAAUUCCGAAAUCGAAAAAGAGCUGCAAGAUUUGGAUUUGAAUAGUUCGCUGAAUAGUGGCAGCGUAAGUUUGGGUGCUGAGCUUAAUUGCAAAUCAAAUGGUUCGCUGAGCGGUGCCUCCGCCACAAGUUCGACCACGGGUCUCACAACGUCGGUGACCACAGCCGCAGCAGCAGCAAUAACGACAUCAUCUACUGAAGCAUUAAUAAAUGGCAAUGGUACCGAUACAACAAAUGCUAGCAAUAGCUCAAUAACUACUACAGGUGCAGUGACAGCAGCAAAUUCAUUGGCACAGGUGAAGAAGCGUAUUUCUAGCAGCCGAACACCUACACGCAAAGCGAGACGAAUAAAAUUCUAUCGCAAUGGCGAUCGAUUCUAUCCGGGUAUUACCAUUCCAGUCUCAAAUGAACGUUAUAGAUCAUUUGAAAGCCUUUUUGAAGACUUAACUCGAUUAUUAGUGGAUAACGUAAAAAUUCCAGGGGCUGUGCGUACAAUUUAUACUAUGUGUGGCAAAAAGAUCUCCUCUUUGGACGAACUAGAGGACGGCCAAAGCUAUGUUUGUUCCUGUAAUAACGAGAAUUUUAAGAAAAUCGAAUACAACACCACUUCACAACCACUGGCCAACUUAACACUCUCCAAUAAGGCAAGCAAUCGCUUGUCAAAGGCCUAUCGUCCAUCGUCGCCACUUAAGAAUGGCACGAACUCGUACAAUAGCGGGGGCAUCGGAGUACCUGGGGGUGGCAUGGGCGGUAAUGGCACAAAUACAACAUCUGGCGCCACUAACGGUAGUCCAUUGUUUAAGCUGAGCGAACGCGAAAGCGUCGUACAUCCCCGUAUAGUAACGUUGAUAAGAAAUGGCACCAAGCCACGAACCAUAAUGCGUCUUUUGCUAAAUAAACGCAAUAGCCCCAGCUUUGAUCAUGUACUAACAGCCAUCACGCAAGUUGUACGCCUCGAUACUUAUGUACGUAAAGUAUUUACCCUCUCCGGCUGUCCAGUUGUGCAGCUAGCUGAUUUUUUUGGUCCCGAUGACGUUUUCUUUGCCUAUGGCACAGAGAGGGUCAACAAUCCAGAUGAUUUUAAACUCGAACCCGACGAACACAAAGCCAUACAAGCGAUACGGAAGUCGCUACGUACAGCAGGAACAACAUGCAAGGGUCCCAAACCGAAAAUGCCCGUAAAGAGUAAAAAUCUGAAUAGCGCCAAGCAUCAACAAAAUCACCAGCAAGAGCCAUGUGAUCAGAUUGUCGACGAAGAUUUGACAGCGUUAAAUGAGAGCGGUAUAGAUGCAAACGAAUUGCCUGGAGUUAUACGUGAACGUUACGCAUUGGGACAGAUUAUAGGUGAUGGUAAUUUUGCCGUUGUACUGAAGAUCAAAGAUCGACAGAGUGGCUUGCCAUAUGCGCUGAAAAUUAUCGAUAAAAGUAAAUGUAAAGGCAAAGAGCACUAUAUUGAUGCCGAAGUGCGUGUGAUGAAGAAGUUACAACAUCCACACAUUAUUUCAUUAAUCAUAGAUGUCGAUCAGAUGUCAAAUAUGUAUUUGGUGCUGGAGUACGUAAGUGGUGGUGAUCUUUUCGAUGCUAUAACACGCGUAACACGAUUUUCCGAAAAUCAAUCACGAGUGAUGAUCAAGCAUUUGGCCUCAGCGAUGGCCUAUUUACAUUCCAUGAGCAUUGUGCAUCGUGACAUCAAACCUGAAAACCUAUUGGUUGAGUUAGACGCUAAUGGCUGUGUAACCGAGCUAAAACUGGCUGAUUUUGGUUUGGCCUGUGAAGUGACUGAACCAUUGUACGCCGUUUGUGGUACGCCAACUUAUGUUGCACCAGAGAUACUAAUGGAAACAGGCUACGGUUUGAAGAUCGAUGUCUGGGCAGCUGGUAUUAUAUUAUACAUCCUGCUUUGCGGUUUUCCACCUUUCGUUUCACCCGACAAUCAACAAGAACCUCUAUUUGAUGCCAUUAUAUCUGGAGUCUAUGAAUUCCCGGAGCCCUAUUGGUCAGAUAUUGGAGAUGGUGUACGUGACCUAAUUGCGAACAUGCUGCAAUCGGAUCCGGAAGUGCGUUUCACCAGCGAGGACAUCCUUGAUCACUACUGGACUCUCGGCGAAAGUAAUGAAUACAGCAGUUGAAUUUGUCGCCUAAAUGUGGUAGAAAAAAGGAGGGGAGACGUAAACAACAAAAACAACAAGUUUUGCAUUAUAGGACUAAAACUAGAAUAGUUGGCAGUACUUGUUUUUUUGUCCACGUAAACACUUUGCUUUAGUUUUAGUACCGUGUAUUUAAUUGCUUAUAAACAUUAGGGGUAUACAUAUAACAUGAUAACCUGGCUAUGAACGUGAUAAAAUUAUAGAAUUGUAUGGAAUUUAUAAUUUUAUCAAGUUUAUCGGCAGUUUAUCUCGUUAUAUGAAUACCCGUAUUAUAAUUUACGAAGAUUAAUUAUAUGGGAAAAAUUCAAGCUACAUACAUACGGCAAUGGAAUAACGUUAAAAACAAGAAUAAAUACGAAAUUACUGAUAAUUUUUGUAAGCACUGAAAAUGUUAUUGCGAAAUUUUUUAAUUAACAACGACUUAACUAAAUGCGUGCAUAUUAAAAACACAAACUUUCAUACAUAUAAACAUAUUCACAUAAGCAUAUGCAUAUAGUAUGUAUGUAUGCUUAGUAUUUUAUUAGACUAUAGUAUUUAUAAUUUAGUGCUUCUUUAUGCGAAAACCUUCGAAAUUUAAACAGCUAAAGAAAUUCUGACAAAAUAGAUCACAGCACUUUUAGAACGACGAAAAUAUGAGUCAGAAGAAAUUUCACACCUCAAAUGAAAUUAUGUAUAUCAAUUGAAACACAAAACAGCGAAGCGCUGUUGAAAGAAAAAACACCAAUCAAUUAAUUGCUGAUGCUAAUUCUUGUAUAUUUUUUAUAUAAAUAUUUUCUACUCACUUUUUAUUUGUUAUUUUGUAUUGAAAUAUUUACCUGUUACUGUCCCCCGCUAAUAUUUCCUUGCAGAACAACCUAUGUAUUUCACCCUUUGGGUAUUAUUUUUCAUUAAAACGUUUACUGUUCGUACUUGCGAUAAGGGCUUAGCUGUAAAAUAUUUUUAUGUUUUAUGUCAUUAUAUUUUUUAGUUUUCAUUUAAAAUGCAAAACAAAAAAUCAGAAAUAUGUCCUUUAAAAUGCUAUUUAUGUAACUACUUAUUAGAGUUUUGUUUGCAUAUCUUAUUAAAUAAUUAUUAAAUAACCCAAAACAAGAUUAUUGUAUUAUUAUUCUUAAAAUAUUUUAAGGUAGUUUCUACAGCAAAUUUUUAGUAUCGUAAUGGUUUGAAGACUUUAAAUUAGUAAAUCAUUCUAGAAUGCAUUGAUUAUUGAAAACACUAUCAAUGCUUAAAUUGCGCUGUAUUAUCAUUUCAACAGCACUUCAAAAGAGUUGUAAAUUUUUACUUUAUUUUUAGUCACAAAUCUAAAACUGAUCUUUCGAAAUUUUAAAAACGUGUUAGUUCUAUUUUUUACUUUUUAUGGUUGUCUUUGUUAAGCGAAUGGUCUCUGGAGUUGUACGUAUGUAUGUAGCUUCAUAUUUGUUGUAAAAAACAGUUUUAGAUUUUUCUUUAUAUUCUGUCCAAAUCUACAUACAUAUGUACGUACAGGUCUAUAAAAUUCAUUGAACUCUUUUUCUUUUAAAGUAGCUGAUAGCGAAUGAAUAUUAACCUUAAAAAUAAAAAAAUAUUUAGCGUCACACAGGAAGUUCAUUUAUUCUCAUACAUAUAAGGGCACAUACAUAUACCAUGUAUGUACAUAUGUACGUACAUGGAUACUUAUGCUUAAGUAGUAUACACUUCUCCCAAUAUUAUUUCUUGAGAAAGGUAAACUAGCAAAAAACCAAGAUGAAUAUAUAAA